GGCGAGUGAAAGGAGAGGCCGACGAAGAGGAGCUAGUCUGGGGAAUGGCUCUUAAACUACGUCGUAAUAACGUCUCCGGUUUUAAAAAUAAAGAGAGCAUUUUAUUGUGACAUUGUGGGGAGGAAGUGCAGCAGUGUUAGUGGUGAGGAGGGGGUGAAGGAAGGAGAGAAGGAAGGGAGGCAGCGAAGAAGAGCAGGCUGUACGUACCUAGCUGGUCGCGGGGCUUUUCGUCUUUUCAGCCCGGUGGCUGUCAGAGUGUGCGUGUGUGUGUGUGUGCGCGUGUGUUCUCGCGCCUGAACCUCUGUACGAGGUCAACAGGAACUAGGAGGAGAAGAGAGAGAACAGAGAAGGAACGACUGGGAUAAAAAAGAUAUAGACAGACAGCUGGUAGCAUUUUUUUAAAGAAUUGGGAGCAAAAGGAGGCGCAGAGUAGGAGACACUGACUCCUGCUGCCACUGCCGCACACAGUUAACAGUGAGUUAGCUGCACGGCUUCAGGGAGGCAACAGAAGAGCAGGUGGACUUAAAGGUAACCAAGAGAAGGCAGCUCAUAUCAUCACUACCAGGCCAUGGCAGAUCCAGACCUGGACUUCCAGACAGGUGAUGCUGGGGCAUCCUGCACUUACCCCAUGCAGUGCUCAGCCCUGCGCAAAAACGGUCAUGUGGUGCUGAAGGGCCGACCCUGCAAGAUUGUCGAGAUGUCCACCUCCAAGACUGGCAAGCAUGGCCAUGCUAAGGUGCACCUGGUUGGUAUUGACAUCUUCAGUGGUAAGAAGUAUGAAGAUAUUUGUCCCUCCACCCACAACAUGGACGUCCCCAACAUCAAGAGACUGGAUUACCAGCUCAUUGGGAUCAAAGAUGGCUACCUGUCCCUGUUCCAGGAAAGCGGGGAGGUGAGAGAGGACCUGAAGGUCCCUGAAGGAGACCUGGGCAAAGAGAUAGAGAACAAGCACGAUGCUGCAGAGGAGAUCAUGAUUACCGUUAUAAGUGCAAUGGACGAAGAAGCUGCCAUCAGCAUCAAAGCCAUGGGUAAAUAAGCCGCUGCAGGUAAAUACAGAACUCCAGCUCUAUCGACCAGACACGCAGCUGUCCUCAACCCCCCCCAACAUCCCCCAAACACCCAAAACUAGCACCUAACUCAAGCCUGCCUGAAGAAGAGUGUCUGCGUGUGUGUGUUUUAUGGAAGAUUAUGUAUGUGUGUGUGUGUGUGGGGGUGUUACACUACAAGCCACCAGCAUGUGCCAUUCCAGUGCAAGUGUGUGUGACAUCAUGUUCAGUUCAUUGUUCAGGAGUGGAGCAAAGGGGGGAGGCAACUCCAGUCAGCGUUAUUUUGAGAAGCCAGUGUUUUUCAAUCCUGGUCCUCGGUGACCCACUGCCCUGCAUGUCUAACAUGUUUCCCUGCUCCAACACACCUGAUUCCGAUGAACGGGUCCUUAUCAGGACUUUUUCGGAGCUUGAAGACGAGCUGACCGUUUGAAUCAAGUGUGUUGGAGCAGGGAAAUGUCUAUACCAGUGGGUAACCGAGGACCAGGAUUGAAAAACACUGCUAUAAGCAAAGCCAUAUGUUGCGAUUUUCCCCCCAAAAUAGUCUCUAAAAGAAAUUCUCAUAGUCACUGUAUGCUUUUUUGAAAAAAAAAAAAAUCUAUUUAGAGGAAUUUAAGUGUGUCCACUGUCAAGUAUAAUUUCUCACAGAUGAAGCUCUUCAAUGUUUCAGUACAGUAUCACGCCAUGAAAUAUCACAACAUUUGAAUGUAGUCACUGUGAUCCACAGCUGUGUUUGACGUUUAGAUUGAAUCCAGUAGGAGACAGCAUUUUAAAACGACACAAUUAAACAGUAUGCAUAUAAAGUCCAUGUUUUUCCAUAUCACUGCAGUUGUUGUGCAUGUAUGUAUAAGUAUCUGUUUGAACGGCACUUGUUAGUUGAAACGUUAAUGACUCACAAUCGACCAAAAAUGUUACUGAGUGAACGAGUGAACGAUGAUCAGCAGCUGUUACAGUGGAUUUGCCUUCCCCUCAAAGGUCCAGUGUGUAAGAAUUAGUGACAUCUAAUGGUGAGACUGCAGAUUGUAACAAAUGGAGGACUCACCCCUCCCUUCUCCAAGAGUGUCAGGGAACUACGGUGGCCUUCGCAUGCCAGAAAGAAUGGCAGGAGAAAAGAAAUCCAUCUGGGCUGCUGUUGAAACGCGGUGGUCCCCACAAAGCAAGGCCUUUGUUUAAAGGCUGUGAAAACCAAGGGAUUUUUAUUUUAAAGCAGUUAUACAAUGAAACAAACAUAUAGUUAUUAACCCUCCUUAAAUGUUACACACUGGAGUCUGGACCUGUACUUUUUGUUUCAUGUUAACACUAUAAUGAGCAUGUGUAUCUUUUUUUUUUUUUGGCGUAGCACUAUCUGAUAUUAACGAAAGCUUAAAGUUCAUAAUGUAUUUUUGAACUAUUUUUUUUUUCUUUUUUCUUUCAGUGGAUUGCACUUUUUUUUAUACUUUUACAGCCUGAUCUGCUUCCUGUCUUUCCCUCUAAGAAACAGCUUGUAGCAUUGUUGUAAUUGUCGGGUCAAACUGUUUUGAUGCACUUUCUCACCUAUAAACUGUGGGCUGUCCACAGGAAUAUAUGUUUAAAGUUGAUGUAUAUGCAAUGUUCCCCCCUCUGCAUGGGGCAAGUUAAAAACUCCUACUCCUUCAUUAAAAUGUUUCUGUGGUGUUUA